AUAUGCAAAAUACAAGCAAGAAUAAAAUCCAAGGUGUAACCAGAGACUGGCUUUUGAGAGCAGUAAGGAUUAAAUCAAUUGUAACAGAAAUCAAUAUAGAUACUUGAUAAGAAUGACUAAAUAUGAGAUAUUGCACAUAACACUUUGUUAACGCUGCUGUAUGGUACACAUUGGGUGAAAAGUGAGUGUCAGUCAUUUAAUGAGUAAGUCGACCUAUGACUGUACUUCCUGGGGGUGUAGGGAAAUGUGGCUUGUGCUCAUAUACUGACUUCCUCUGUAUAAUGUGGUGCAGGUGUUGAAAAGAAGCACAUGUUCAGUAGUGCAUAGAAACUCUUCACAGAUAUUUACUGCUUCCUUCUGAAAAAGUGCUCUGAUCCUAUAAUUUGAUCCAGAUAAUAUAAGUAUAUUGAAAAAGUUUUGUCUUCUCUUUUGGAGGCCUGAGCAACUAUGGGAAUUACUGUAGAGGUGAGAGAGACAGAAGGUGCCCCGGAUGGCGGCUGGGGCUGGAUCGUUCUGCUGGGAGGUUUUGUCAUCACUGGCUUCUCGUAUGCCUUCCCAAAAGCUAUAAGUGUUUAUUUCAAAGAACUGAUGCACGACUUUGGCUGUGGAUACAGAGACACAGCCUGGAUUUCUUCUAUAAUAUUAGCAAUGCUCUAUGGUUCAGGUCCAGUCUCUAGCAUCAUGGUUAAUAAAUUUGGAUGCCGGCCAGUCAUGUUUGUUGGAGGAUUACUGGCUUCAGGGGGGAUGAUAAGCGCAUCUUUCACUACUAACAUCAACCAGCUUUACCUCACUGCGGGUGUCAUCACAGGUCUUGGACUGGCUUUGAACUUCCAACCAUCCCUGAUUAUGCUGGGGACUUAUUUUGACAAACGCAGACCACUUGCCAAUGGACUGGCAGCAGCUGGAAGUCCUGUAUUUCUGGCAGUUCUUUCUCCUUUAGGACAAGAGCUGCUCAACCGUUAUGGAUGGAGAGGAGGCUUUCUCAUUACCGGUGGUCUUCUGCUCAACUGUUGCACCUGUGCAGCUGUAAUGAGACCCCUGCAAUGUAAAAAAAGGACAGCGAUAGCCUGUUCCCAAGAGCUCAAGGAAAUGCUGCCUCCUGAGGCUGGACAAGAGAAUAUCAUUUGUGAAAACAAUAAUGAUAAAAAGCCCACUAAAAAGAAGCUUUUGGACUUCAGUGUACUUCGUAACAGAGGGCUUAUUAUUUAUAUCAUUGCAAAAUUUAUAGUUGUCCUCGGCCUAUUUGUUCCGACUAUUCUCUUAGUCAACUAUGCUAAGGACCAAGGAGUGCCUGACCCGGAUGCUGCAUUUUUGUUGUCUAUUAUAGGAUUUAUUGACAUCUUUGCUCGUCCCACAUGUGGCUUAGUGGCCGGUUUAAAAUGGAUUCGACCCAAGAUGGCUUAUUUCUUCAGCCUGGCCUUGCUCUUCAAUGGCCUAACAGAUGUUUGUUCAGCUAAAAGCACAGACUAUAAGGGACUUGUUAUCUUUUGUGUGUUCUUCGGGCUGUCUUAUGGCAUGGUGGGUGCUCUACAGUUUGAAGUGCUGAUGAGUAUUGUGGGAACAAGCAGUUUUUCCAGUGCACUUGGCCUGGUGCUCCUCAUUGAGGCGGUGGCUGUGCUGAUCGGACCACCCUCUGCUGGUUAUUUGGUGGACAAGUACAAGAACUAUGAAUUGAUUUUUUACAUGGCUGGAGGAGAGCUGAUCAUCGCUGGAAUAUUUCUUGUUUUUGCAACAUUCUUUUGUCUUAACCAAAAGAAACACAAAGACUCACAGCAGAAAAAUCAUGGUGAUUGUGGCGAUCAAUCGUAAAAGAUAAACAGUGGAGACAGCUGAAGUGUGUGACAUUCACAUUCAAUUAAUUUUUUUUUUAGUUAUAUGUGUUAAUAAAAUUAGUUUCUUGUACUGUG